AUGGCAACAGCAAUUAACAAAGCACAAUGUUUUGUGUGUAAUAAAGAAAAAAACACAUACAGUUGUAGAGGAUGUUCGAAUGAAUUCUGUUUUACUCAUUUAACUGAACAUCGACAAAAAAUCGAGACACAAUUAGAGGAAAUUAUUAAUGAUCACGAUCAAUUUCAACAAACAAUUAUUCAACAAAAACAAAAUCCACUAGAUUCAUCUUUAAUUCAACAAAUUAACCAAUGGGAAGCAAAUUCAAUUCAUCAAAUUCAACAAACAGCAGAAGAAUAUCGAAAAACACUGAUGAACUUGACACAAAAGUCGAUCGAUGAUGUGGAAAAAAAGUUCAUUGAAUUAUCUCAGAAAUUAAAAGAAAUUCGUCAAGAAAAUGAAUUUAAUGAAAAUGAUUUAAAACAUUUUCAAUUAAAACUAACGCAAAUUACAAAAGAACUUCUCACACCGCCAAGUAUUUCCAUUGAAGGAGAUUCACAAGAAUUUAUCAAGAAAAUUUCAGUUCUUUCAUCAUUUGAAGAAAUUCAAAUAAAAAAGAAUAAAUUUCAACAAUUUGCAAUUACUGUUGUUGGUGGAAAUGGAUAUGGACAUCAAUUAAAUCAACUCAAUUUUCCUAAUGGGAUCUUUAUUGAUAAUGAUAAAUCAGUUUAUAUUGCUGAUUGUGUGAAUCAUCGUAUUGUCAAAUGGAAAUUAAAUUCAGAUAAAGGUCAAAUCAUUGUAGAUGGAAAUGGAAAUACUGGAUUGAAUAGGCCAACAGACAUAGUUUUUGAUAAAGAAAAUAAUUCUUUUAUUAUUUCUGAUUCGACGAACAAACGAGUAAUUCUAUAUUUUGAUAAAAAUCAAAUAAAUCAACAAAUUCUUAUUUCAAAUAUUAAAUGUUUUGGUCUCACAAUCGAUAAAAAUGGAUUUAUUUAUGUUUCUGAUUAUGAGAAUCAUGAAGUAAGACGAUGGAAACAGGGAGAUAAAAAAGGUGAAUUAGUUGCAGGUGGAAAUGGUAAAGGAAAGCGUCUUAAUCAACUAAAUGUUCCUAGUUAUAUCUUUAUUGAUGCAGAUUGUUCUCUUUAUAUAUCAGAUUGUGGAAAUCAUCGUGUAAUGAAAUGGAUAAAAAAUGCAAAAGAAGGAACUAUUGUUGCUGGUGGGAAUGGUCAAGGAAAUAGUCGCAAACAAUUGUCUGUUCCUCGAGGAGUGAUUGUUGAUCAUUUGGGUCAAAUCUAUGUGGCAGAUAGAGGGAAUCAUCGAGUAAUGCGUUGGUGUGAAGGAGAUGAAGAAGGUGGAAUUGUUGUUGGUGGAAAUGGUCAAGGAAAUCAAUCAAAUCAAUUGAAUCUUCCUAGUGGUUUAUCAUUUGAUGAUGAAGAAAAUCUUUAUGUUGUUGAUCAAUUAAAUCAUCGAAUCCAGAAAUAUGAAAAAAUUUUAAAUUAA